AUGCCUCCUAAGAAUAGGAAGUAUGAAUAUGGAAAUGAUAAGCGUAAGAAAAAGAAAAAAAUUGAAGAGUUAAUUCAAUCUCAAGUAGGAGCUCUUGAUAAAUUUUUAAUCAAAGAACCACAAGUUUCAAAUAAAAGUCAUUAUGUUGAUAAUAUUGAUGUUGAAUUUCUUGAUAAUUUGGCCAUUGAAAAUGAUAAUCUUGAUAUUAAUAAUGAUGAUGUUGAUAAUCUUGAAGAAAUUAAUAAUGAUGAUGAUAAUGUUGAUUAUGAUAUAUUUGAUCCAAGAAAUUGGGAUCGUCUUCAACCUAAAAUGGUUGAUUUAUUAGUUGCGAAAGAUCCUAAAAGAGAUAAUUCUAUUGUGAAGGGUCCUAGAGAUAGUUUGAAUAGACGCUUUACGGCUAAUUUGUAUACUAGAGCUUUAGCAAAUGGAGAGAUGUAUGAUAGAGAUUGA